ACGCAGGCACGCACGCGCGUCACUGAAGGCCAUGGAAACAGAACGUUGACCAAAGCUAUAAAAGCUGCAGGCCUCAUUUAUUUCUCAUUCGCACAUUAAACUUUGACAAGUUGACCUACUGCGGAUUUAUUGUUGGAAAGUUGCAAUCUGGGAAACCCGAUCGACUGGAAAACUUUUACUCAACACACAUUUUGGAUUAUACCUGUUCACCUGGAAGACUUCAUCUCAGACAAACCUUUUUUGGAUUAAAUCUGAUCACUUGAAGACUUCAUCUCUGACAAACCUCUUUUGGAUUAUACCUGACCACCUGUAAAAUUCUUUGGAAACAAACCUUUUGGAUUACUUUGCUCCAGGACAGCUACUGCCAGAAGUAGACCAUCUCUAACUGCUGGAGAAGUGGCCUCCAGUUGACCCCCUCUGGCGAGGCACUUGCUGUCCUGACUCUCUGCAGUAUUCUGAGAGACAGCAUGGGAUCCAGUGUUUCUAAGGCAUCAACCUCAUCUUCCGAGAUGAACCCCGUCCAACUCCCCAGAGGAUAUGAGGUCCUGAAAGUUCUGGGAGAGGGCUACUUUGGAACGGUGUUGAAAUGUUGGAAAAAGGACAUCAAGCAGAUGGUGGCUGUGAAGAUACCUAAAUGCUUCGAGAAUGACACCGUCAAUGAGGUUUCCAUGCUGAGACGGUUCAAGCGUCUGAAACUCCACCAACACAACAUCGUUGAGUUCAUCGACUCCUUUCGAACCAAACAUGGAAAGGCAAUCGUGCUGGAGCUGUUGGAUAUCACCCUAGGCGACUACCUUGGUUUGACAAGUUUUGCGCCUAUGCUUCUGAGUGACAUCAGAAGCAUCAUCCAGCAGAUGGGGACAGCAUUGGAGGCGCUGAAGGGGAUCGGGGUGAUCCAUGCUGACCUGCACCUCCACAAUGUCAUGAUAGAGAAUCACCAAACACGACCCUUCAGAGUGAAGCUCAUUGACUUUGGUGUUGCCAUGUCCAGAUCAGAAGCCAGCCAGGGCAAGCACCUGCAACCAAUGGCAUUCAGGUCUCCAGAAAUCCUGUUGGGCUGUCCAUUUUCUGAGGCCAUUGACAUGUGGUCUCUGGGCUGUCUGAUGUUCGUAAUGAUCUGUGGCAAACUACCGUUCAGUGGACGCUCCGAGUAUGAAAUUCUGCGGAGCAUCAUUGAUCUCCUGGGUCAGCCAGAAGACCUUGUUCUCAGUAGUGGUCUACAGACAAAGAAGUACUUUAACUGCACUGAGUCCAACAGCUGGGAGUUCAAGACAUCUCUUGAGUAUUUCAGAUGUCACCUCAGCAGUGUCAAGAACCACAAGCUCCAGUCUCUGGACGAUCUCAAAAAAGUGCGUCUUGAGGAAAAUAAUGAAGCCGAGGCCGCAGAGCGAGAGCAGUGCAUCGAGCUCCUGAAAGCCAUACUGAAGACGAGUGAGGAUGAGAGGAUCACUCCCCGUGAAGUCCUCACUCAUCCAUUUACCACCAAAGACUACCCAAACAGUGGGGCAGAGAAGUCUGAGACGAGCCGUGGUAAGAUGAUGAGACCAAAGGCGGAUGUCAUGAGUAAAAGACGCCCUGCUUGUUCUGCGACAGCGCCACCUUCCACUCUUACAUCUCACAUUCCACCAGCAGGUGUGAUCCUGGUUCGGCCUGCGACGGCUGAGAACACACUGCUGCUGGAAGGUCAGGGGAGCAAAGUCAGUGGCAGGUCUUACAUUGACAAGACCUCAGGAUGUUCAGCCUUCACUUCCCCGUUCUCAAGUGAGGACUGCACUCCAUCUUCCACAUAUCUACCAUCAGGUGUGAUCCUGGUUCGGCCUGCGACAGCCCAGCGCACGGUGCUGGGAGAUCAGGAGAGUGCAGUCAGCUCUCAGUCUGGCCGAUACGAGGCGUCAGUGUCCUUAGAGACAGACAUUGAAAGUGGCAUGGAGUCAUCGAUAUGUGAGGACUCGGGCUCAUGUGAGAACACAGGGGCAAAGAACGAGCCAGGGAAGAAGAAGAAAUUCCUCCGACGUGUCCUCUCCUGGAUGAGAAAGACACUCAGGCCAUGUGUUCCCUCUGUUGAUGGUCCGGCCUGCGACAGCUGAGAACAUGCUGCUGCUGGAAGGUGGAGGGGGACAAACUCAGUGGCAGGACUUACAUUAACAAGACCUCAGGAAGUUCAGAUUUCACUUCAUCCAAUAAGGACUGUGACUGUGAGCCUGAUCCCGGGUCAGUCUGCGGCGGCUGAGAGCAUGCCACUGUUGGAAGGUCCUGGGACAGAGAGCAGUGUGUCUGCGUGUGUGUGCUAACAAACAGUGUGUUGUCCAUCUGUCCACAUUGGAAGUCACUGUCAGCAGAGGAGCAGGCCAUAUAUUACCAAUAGGCCGGCAGAGAGAGAGAGAGAGAGAGAGAGAGCCCCAGAGACACUCCGACUGCUCUGUCAGCCAAAACUAUCAUCAGUGGUGGCUUCCUCCUCACGGGCAGCUGUGAUGGAGGCCUCGACCUCACAGAGAGCUGUAGAGGAACCUCGUCCCCCGCAGACAGUCCCGGUCCUGUCACAGCACACAUCAGCAGACAGCCGUGGUGCAGCUGUCACACACACAAACUCCUCUGCAUGUUCUUGAAACAGCCGUCACAUCUCUGUCCUCCUCUGCAGAGUCCAGCCAAUCAGAGGAUGUGGAGCUUCACCUGGUGAUGGAGCAGCUUGAUCCUCCACCAAGUCCAUCCAGUGCAGAGCAUCAGCUGCCCUCCUUUCCUCAUGGUGGACUUCUGUGAUGUCAUGCAAAUGGAUCAGUGGAUGUGUAAAUAGAUGUACAGAUAGAUGUUUAGAUAAAUAUAUAGAUUGAUGUUCAGAUAGAUGUAUAGAUAGACACAUAGAUAGAUUUAGAGAUAUAUGUUUAGAUUGAUUUUUAGAUAGAUGUAAAAAAAAUAUGUCUAGAGCGAUGUAGAGAUAUAUGUACAUAUUGAUGUAUAGAUAUAUAUAUAUAGAUUGAUGUUUAGAUUGAUGUAUAGAUGUAUGUUUAGAUAUAUUUAUAGAUUGAUGUUUCGGUUGAUGUAUAAAUUCAUGUUUAGAUAAAUGUAUACACAUAUGUUUAGAUUGAUGUAUGGAUAUUUGUAUGGAUUGAUGUUUAGAUAUAUGUAGAGAUAGAUGUAGAGAUAUAUGUAUAGAUAAGAUUUUUUUACAGUAAAACUUUUUAAACUGUAUUAUCCAGCUCAAUAUGAUUCAGUUUGUGCAAUUACAUGAUAAAUACACCUAAACCUUUGAGCAUCACACUGACUUAUUUUAUAGUUUUUUUCAAAAUUCUUAUUUUUUCACAGUAGAUUUCAAUUAAUGGGUAACUAGAAGAUACAUAAAGCUGUGUUUAACAUAAUUGCUGUAAUGAAUAACUUGAUACAUGAGACAGACAUAAGAGCCAAAGCUCAAUACACAUCAAGUGUCAGAAACGACAGCAGGCUUUUAAGCCAAUAACUGCAGUGGUUCACCAGUGGGAAAUGUUCCUUAUACAAGGUAAACAAACAAAACAACAACACAAGCAAACAACAUGUCAGGGUGCUACUUCUAGUAAAUAUGAAUAGGGUGUGGUAGCCACAACUCCGCAAAAAGCUGUUUUUCAGGUUUUAGUGCUUCGUCUACACUCAUUUGUAUUUCUAGGCAGCCAGACACGCUCGGGUUGUGUCGUUGCCUCCUGCUGUCCUCAGUUUGAACAAAAGCAAGUGUCUCUGAAGUUCCUGUGAUGUUGACCAAAAUGUCAGCUUUUGUUCUUUAAAAAAAUACAAUUUUAGUUGAGAGGCUUA